UUUUUUAAAAACCAAAAGAGCUUGUGUUUUUUCACAAUUUUUUGUAAACCGAUUAAAUUUUUUCGAAUUUUGAACAUCACUAAUGAGCCAAACAAAGUCAUCACCAAGUAUAUUGUUUUCAUUAAAUUCUAAUACAAAUAUUAGAUAUGAAGAAUUUGACGAAGAAACGAAAACUGAUUCGAAUGAUGGGUCAAAAAAACUGAUUACGGCACACGAUUGGCAAUCGUACAAUACUCAGGAUGUUUUCGAUGAUGGAACACAAACUUUUUUUUGGAGAGCUCAUACAUUGACCGUAUUAUUUUUUAUGCUUACCGGUCUGGUUUAUGUGGCCCUUGUUGAAAAACCUUCAUUGGAUACAAAUUAUAAUGUCAAACGUGGUUUAGUAGCUGUUGUUUUGGUGUUCAUAUUUUUUGGUAUAACACAAAUACCAGACGGUCCAUUUAUACGUCCACAUCCUGCUUUAUGGAGAUUGGUUCUAUGUUUGACAAUUAUCUAUGAGCUCUCACUUAUUUAUAUUUUAUUUCAAACACCUGACGAUGCCCGUAAAUUAUUGACACAUAUUGAUCCAUCACUUGGAAAACCGUUAAUGGAAAAAGAUUAUGGUGGUAAUUGUAGAAUAUAUGAUAAAGACAAACCAGAUGAUCCUUUUCAUAAUGUAAAAGAUAAGCUUGAUAUUUUCGUUCCAACACAUUUUUUCGGAUGGUGGCUCAAAACUUUGAUGAUAAGAGAUUGGUGGCUAUGUACAGUCAUUAGCAUAAUGUUUGAAUUAUUAGAAUAUACUUUAGAACAUCAGCUACCAAAUUUCAGUGAAUGCUGGUGGGAUCAUUGGAUUCUUGAUGCAUUGAUUUGUAAUGGAUCCGGAAUCUAUUUAGGAAUGUUAUCACUCAAAUACUUAUACAUGAAACCAUAUGAUUGGCGUGGUCUAUGGAAUAUUCCUACAUAUCGUGGAAAAUUGAAACGAAUUGUUGCUCAAUUUGGGCCACACAGUUGGCUUCAAUUUGAUUGGCGUCCAUUUUCAAGUUUUGAUCGUUGGAUUGCCACAUUAUUGCUCAUCAUUACGAUGUUGGUAGCCGAGUUGAAUACUUUUUAUUUAAAAUACGUUCUAUGGUUAGAACCUCCACAUGCCUUAAAUCUCAUGCGAUUAAUAUUGUUGGUAUUUUCCGGUGCUGUCGCAUUACGAGAAACGUUUCAAUAUCUAGAUGAUCCAGAUUGCACUAAAUUUGGUCGUCAAUCUUGGGUGUUGAUUGCAAUCAUAAUAACCGAACUGUUGAUAAUACUCAAAUUUGAUUUUGAAGUAAUUACGAAGCCAUUACCUAAACAUGUUCUAUAUUCAUGGAUUGGUGCUAUAAUUAUUCUAACUGUUUGGACUUUCUGGAGAUUUUUAUUAAAAAACACUAUACAAUUUAUGUAUCAAAAUAGGAAACCUAAUGUUGUAAUCAAAUCGAAUAAUGUUAAUGUUAUUGAUUCUACGACUAAACGAAAAAAUCCAAGAAUCAAAAAAUCGCAAUAAAAAUGUCUUUAUUUUUU